AUGGGAAUUUUGGAGAUUGAACCAAUUGAUGUAUGGGGCAUUGAUUUCAUGGGACCUUUCCCUUCUUCUUGUGGAAACAGGUAUAUAUUGGUUGUUGUCGAUUAUGUGACUAAGUGGGUUGAAGUUGUGGCUUCCAUUAGCAAUGAUUCCAAGGUAGUCAUGAAGCUCUUCAAGAAGGUUAUUUUUCCUCGAUUCGGAGUACCGAGAGUCUUGAUCAAUGAUGGGGGGUUGCACUUUCAUCAGAGCACCUUCAAAGCUUUACUGAAGAAAUAUGGAGUCACUCAUAAGGUUGGUUUAGCUUAUCAUCCUCAGACUAGUGGUCAAGUUGAAGUCUCCAAUCAUCAGAUCAAGCGCAUCUUGGAGAAGGUAGUCAACAGGUCGAAGAAGGAUUGGUCACAAAAAUUGGAUGACACUCUGUGGGCUCUGCGAAAUGCUUUUAAGACACCUCUAGGAACCACCCCAUAUCGAUUAGUCUAUGGCAAAGCUUGUCAUUUACCAAUUGAAAUGGAGUAUCUCUCAGCUUGGACAGUUAAUGAAAUUAACCUGAAUUUGGAGGCUGCAGGGGAGGCAAGACUUCUUCAAUUAAAUGAGUUAGAUGAGUUUCGACUAGAAGCAUAUGAAAACCACAAACUUUACAAGGUGCAAACAAAGAGAUUUCAUGACAAGAUGAUUGUGAAGCGGGAGUUUCAUGUUGGUGACAAAGUUCUAUUAUACAACUCUAGACUACGACUCUUUCCUAGAAAGCUUAAGUCAAAAGGUCUGGACCUUUUGUUGUCACUGACGUGA